AUGAACGUUUCCAAUCAACCCAAGUCAUCGUCCAGGGUCGAGGUCUCGCUCGCGAAGAGAAGCCAGGUGAAGGAGACCCAAGUCUCCAAGAUGGACAACAAAGACGCCAAAAAACAAAAGGACAAAAAGAAGAAGAAAGACAAGACGAUGAAAGUGCACUUCAAGCCCCGGCUACCCCAAUACAAGCCUCGACAAGAACUGCGCGCUCUUCUCGGCCAACGACUCCCUUUGCUGCCCCGAGACUGUUACGGUCCGCCGCCGACUGCGCCUGUUGGUCUUCGCCGCUCAGAGCGAAUCAAGGCGAAGAGACUAGCGAUGAUUGCUGCUCUAUUUGCCUUGCUCGAUGUUGUGUGUAAGGGCGACCCGAAGUCCGUGCAAGGGUGA